GUUUAUAGUGACUCCUAUUAUCGUGGUGGUCAGAAGUCGCAACCAGCAAAUUACACAGAACACAAUAAAAACAAGAAACAGAUAUUAUCCUACCUAUCUUAGAAUUUUUAUGUAUAUGGUUUAAUUUGAACUCUUGUUUGAUUUAGUAGAUGAGUUCUGGCGCCAGGGCUGACCUUACAAGAGUCAGUUGUUUCUAUAUUUACUUUUCACUAAAUGUGAUUGAGUAUAUCUGGCUCUGUCACUCACUUAUAAUCUUACCAAUGCUAGUGAUUUCAACAUGGAAGACUUCUCUUUGUCACUAAAAAGUGAUAUUGUUCAUUCUUGUACUAUGGAAAAAUCAGAUAAUCCAUCGGCAAAAUGUCCUGAUAUUUUGUCCAGUCAGGGUUCUAAAACAAAUUCAGCUACAAGUCAAAAUAAUAAUAACGAUGCUUGUCGGACUGAUAAUAUAACAACUGAAGAACGACCAGUUGAAACAAUCACUGAAGAUUUGGAACCUGCUUUACGACGCAGUAAACGUGGUAAAGGCAGACCUAGCAACACUCAUAAUGCAAACAACAAUAAUAAUAAUGAUGGAACUUCAGACGAUCAUGUCCCUUCAUGCAUUAUUUCGGGUACUGAAUAUCACACAGGUGAUUUUGUUUAUUAUGAAGAACCAGAUUUUGAAUAUUAUACAAUUGGUUUAAUUGAAGAAAUUAAAGUAUCUAGACGUGAUAAAUUUUCAAUAUUUAUUAAAUGUUUUUAUCGUACACGUGAUAUACCGGAUAUUUCGAAACAAGGUCUUCCUGAUCGAGAUCAUUAUCCAAUUCAUUCAAAUAUUAAAUUAAUUCGUGAUAUAUUUGCUCGUGAAUUAUUUGUCUCUGAAGUUCAAGAGACUUUACCAGCUAAACAACUUCGUGGUUUAUGUAAAGUGAAUUAUUUACCCGAUUUAAAAACUGCAUUAUCUACAUUUUCUCCAGAAGAAGAUGAUAGUUUUUUCUAUGUAUUUGCAUAUAAUCCUGAAACUCGUCGUUUAUCGAAAAUUCGUGCAGAAAUACGAGUUGGACAAUCCUAUCAAGCUUUAUUGCCUGAAUUUCGUCAUUCUCCACCAGCUAAGUAUCGCUUUGGACAUAGUCGAGGCAGUUUUCGAUCAAUUAAACGUAGUCGCAAAUCAAAAGUUACAUUGGAAACAUCAUACAAAUCUAACCAAGAUGUUAAUACACUUAAAUGUUGUUUAAGAAAAUCGCAUUCAUUGUCACCGUAUUAUCGUCGUAAAUACCGGUAUAAAGCAAUGAAGUCAGUUGCUGCUUCUAAUGAUACUGUUGAUAGUAGUAAUAAUAAUGAUAGUUUAACAAAUCAACCAACAAUCAAUGAUACAUUGAAUAUUUCUAAUCCUGACAAUAAUUAUACUAUUUCAAUGUUGAAUAAUAAUAAAACACUAAAAAUAUCUUUAGAAUUAUCACCAACUGAUAACAAUCUUAUUAGUAGUAAUAAUCAUGUCACUUGUGAAAUAGAUACUAUACCAAAUUUAUCAGAAGAUAUGAAAAAUUCUGAAGAUAACAAUGUUGAAAUAGAUGUUCAACAACAACAACAACAACAACAACAACAACAACAACAACAACAAAUGGAUACACAAAAUUCCAUACAACUGUUAAAUUUACCGCCAAAAUUAGAGAAUGCAAAUGACUUUAAAGACUCUUUAAACACUAUAACUACUACUGAUUAUUCUCAUUGUAGAAAGCAUCAUUCUUUGUGUAUGCACAAGAAUCAUUCAUAUUAUAGAAAACAAUUACAUCAUCAUCGGAAAAAACGACAUCGUCGGUUACGGCGGCAGUGGCGUCAGCAACAAUCACAAUGCAAAGAGGUACUUGUAUGGAGUCCUGGUGGUCUGUCCUCUGCUCUGUCUGGUACAUCUAAGAAAUUUGAUUUUUCAAAUAACACUGCUUAUAAUCAUAAUAACAUUAAUGUUAAUGAUAUCAAUGACAAUUUUAGUAAUGUAUCAAAUAACAUCAGCACUGAUUUCAAUUCUAUGCUUUCCGAUGAACCAUUAAAGAAUUAUUUAGAUGCUGUACGAUCAAUGGUGGCAUUUUUCGGAUUUGGUGGUGCUGAUGAUGAUUUAGCAUCAGCUGAAAAUGGUCUGGUACUGGCUAAUUUAGCUGCAACAACACAACAUGCUUAUGAUACAUUACAUAAGUGUAAUUAUUCAUUAAGAAAUGCCCUGCAAGCGAUAUCAUGUAAUCCUAUUGUAGCUAAGGAUACACCUAGACAUUGGACAACAGAUCAAGUUCGUUUAUUUGCACAUGCUUUACGUAUUCAUGGUAAAGAUUUUUUUAAAAUUCAACGACAUUUCUUUGGUGGGAAAACAUUCGUUAAUAAUAAUAAUGAUAAUAAUAACAAUAACUCUACCGGCAAUAAUGGAAAUAAUGUAAAUGGUGUUGGUCUCUGGAAUUCAAGUCAAGUUGGCAAUGGACGUUUACGUGGUCGUGGUCGUCGUAAAUUGGGCGGCACCGGCGGUAGCGGUGUCUGUUCAAGUGCAUCUACAUUGAAAUUAUCCAGUUUAAAAUCAGAUGAAAUCGGCAGUAGUACCUCAGUAGCAACAGUGCUACCGAGUAAAUUGGAUGAAGUUAAACCAGAGGAUGCUACAUUUGUACCUACCUCUGGGUCAUCACAUGACGGUGGAGAAUCAGUUGAAAACGGUAUUGUGUCAGGAUCCACCACAUUGAAAGGAUCAAAUUGCAAUGAUGAAAAUACUCUAUCCACAGGUCUUCCUGUCACAAAUGAACCAAUCAAGACUGUUAAGGAAUUGAUAGCUUUUUAUUAUUAUUGGAAGCGGAAAGGUACAUCGUCUUGCUCAUCCUCAUCCUCAUCAGCAUCGAUUAGUGGUGUAGGGGGUGGUGGACAUGGUGGUCUGAGUUCAGUUGCAGCGAAUUUUGCAACUGCAGUAGUUGCGGCCACACUUAACACUACUACUACUGAUACUAGUGUCGCUGGUGCUAAUAAUAAUCAUAUCCCAUCUUCAUUAAGCGGCAAUACAACUCCUUUCGAAUCAGCUAAUAAUAUGAAUGGUAGUGCAUUCUCUACUCAAGCUCAUAUCACUUCUGUCAGUGUUAAGAAAAGGAAACCAACUAAUCGUGGUUGUGUUCUCAAUUAUUCAAAAUCAACAUUGAUUAAUGAUGAUAAAUCAGAGUCGAUUGAUCCAAGUCAUCCUGAAUCAGAAAUUGAAGAGAAUUAUGAUUUAGCGAACACUGGGCAUGAUGAUGUUGAUAUACCUGUGACAUCUGGUGAGAAAGCAGAAGAAAUUACACCGGUUUCAACAACAUCAAGUGCAGAUUCACUGUCAACUAGUCGAUCACGUAAACGUGUAUGCAGAAAUUGUUCUGUGGAGUUGGCAUCUACUGGGGAAAGUUCGCCUUCACCCAUGCCUAAUCAUCAUCAAUUGGGACAAUUACGACUUCUUUGUUCUGAUUGUCGUAUUUAUUUACAAAAAUACGGUGAAUUGAAGUGUACAUUGAAAGAAGAGGAAAUUAAUAAUCCAUCUGAAACGCUGAAUUCAAUAUCCAAUGAUGGGAAGCUUCAAAAGAAAGAAUCAAAUGAUGGAAAUCUUGCAGACACCAUUGAAGAAAAUGAAUUAGAUGUUAGACAUGGAAUGAAAGUUGAUCCUUCAAGUGAAAUCACUGUCAAUCCCGUGUUGGAUGACAUAAAACCAACAUGUUCAUUAACAACAUCAUCUACAACAAAUUAUCGGAGAAAACAUAAGAAACAUUCAUUAGAUCGAUUGAAGAAACAAUCUCAUUCUGAUAAUUACGACUCAUCAACUAGCUUUUCAUCAUCUUCAUUAUGUUCGCUUAAUUUACACAUGGAUGAACAUUAUUCUACUUCAUCGUCAGCUUCAUCCUCACCAAGAUCAUCUCAGUUAGAAGAUGAAGAAGUAGACGAGGAAGAGGAUUCAGAUUCUAUUGGAUCUGAUUAUGAAUCUAACAGUUCACCCAGUUGUAGUAGUAUUGCUAGUUCCAUUAGUUGUAAAUCGCCUUUAAUACAUCAUGAAUUGAAUGAAAUUAUCUCAGAAUGUCCUAGUUAUCGUCAUAUGAAAAGAAAAAGACGAAAAAAUUCACAUCUACGUAUUAAAGGCAAAAAACAUAUAUGCAAUGAUAUAGAUUAUAUGUGUAAGCCACCGCCUAAAUUGGAUGAUAAUAGAGACUAUGGUUGUAACGAAGAUAAUCAAUGCUUCUCUAUUCAACCUAAGGUUGACACUAAUGAUUCUCAUUGUUCUGAUACUACUGAGACUGCUUUACAAUCAUCAGAGAUUCUUUCAAGUUCCAAUCUUAUUGAUUCACGUGAUACAAAGGGACAUAUUUCCAACGUAUUGUAUUCUAACACUACUACUAAUAGUAGUAGUGGUAGUACCAAUAAACUUGAUGAACUAAAGAAAGACUCUACAGUGAAAUUAUCAACUCCCAUUGAUAUUAAUAAUAAUGGUGACCGACAAUCGCCUGGAGAAACUGAUGAUCGACAACGGAAUAAUGAUGCUGAUGAUGACGAUAAUAGUAUGCGUGAAUUAGAAAUUGAUAAGUUAAUCACUGCAACUAACGAAUCAAAUCCUCUAUCCUGUUUCAUAGAUGCACAUCGUUCCACCUGGUCACAUCUUGUACGUAUCUGGGAUAGACAAAUACAAUAUUCACAUACAACAACUACUCCUGGAACAGAUUAUCAAUCAACAAAGAUUGAAACAAAUGUUGGUUCAUGUGCUCGUACGGAUUUAGUAUAUUGUGGCAGAGGAUUAGAUGAUAUUUCACUGAAUAAUCGAGAAUUUUGGAAUAUGCAAAAGUGUAAUUUAUUCACAAAAUAUGCUGAUACAGCUAUUGGACCUGGUGUUAAUCUUUAUCUUUCAUCAUCUCUACCAAGUACUUUGGAUAAUCCAAUAAAUGUAAUCAGUAGUGAAUCAAUAACUAAGUCGGAAAUAUUAAAUUUAACUUCACCUAAUGUGAACUAUACAAAUAUGUCGUGUAAUCCAUCUCCAGGUAUUCAUGAUUCAUCAUCGACUGCACUUGAUUUAUGCUCACGUAAUAGUUCCAAACGAUCAUUUAUUCCAUCAUCAACAACAGAACAACCAUGUACAAAAUCUCGUCGAUCAUUUCAAUGUGAUACUAUCAAUAAUCCUUAUAUGCAUUCGAUCUCGUUAAAUGUUCCAAACACCAAUACAUCUUGUUCUACCAUGUUAAAUAGUAGUAGUAAUACUAUAUCUAAUUCACAAAUACUACCAACAGGAGCUGAAUUGAGACCGACUGUCAACACUACUACUACUAAUAAUAAUAUGUCAAGCCAACAACAACGACAACUCCAAACUAUGUAUGAACAAGCGUUAAUAUUUGCUGCAGCUGCGGCAGGUCAUUAUCAACAUAGUCCUCCUGUUCCUCCUGGUCCAGUACGCGACACAUGUAAAUUUUUCCCAACUAAUUUUGAAUUGAAUAAUCAAAUGAAACAGUCACCCGUUGUAUCUUCUCCAAAUCUACGUUUUAUAAGCUCAAAUAGUAGUAAUAGUAAUAACAAUAAUAAUCCUUUAAUGUCAACUAGAUUGGGUGCUGCAACUGGAACAUUCUAUCCACCAAUUUCUUCUCUGUCAACUUCAACUGGUAUCUCGUCCUCAUUAUCGUCUGGCAAUAAUAAUAAUAAUAAUACUUUUGGAACAAAUAAACCACCAAUUAGUGGUGUUCCAUUUAACUUCAACCUAACUGAUUCUCAAUACCAUUCAUUAAAUCUUCCACCGCCACAGAUGGCUAUGUCCGCUAGUGGUGUCGGUUCUACGUCGAUUCUUCACGGAUCGAAUUUCAACCCUACUACUUGUAGUAGUAUUAGUAGUAGUUACAAUGGAUUGGGAUCUUCAUCUUCUAACUCAUCAGUGCCAGGGAAUCAGCUUUAUAAUCAUCCAGAGUUUUUACAACGGCAAUUAGCUUUGAUGGGAUUACUUCCACCUGGUUCAAUACCUCCUGAACAUAUGAUGCCUAUUACAUCAGUAGAACAACGUGAAAUUGAAGCAUUUCAACGAUUAAUGACUGAAAGACUUGAAUAUUUAAGAAAUACUACAAAUAAUAAUAAUCCACAACAACAGCGUACUAUAACUCCAGUUGAACAAAUUUAUCAACAUCAUCAUCAACAACAAGAACUUUUUGCUACUGCAUUUUCAGCUGAAAUGGCUUCAAGACUUGAAAGUAUGUCUUCGAUUUAUUCAAAUCAAGAUUGUCUAUUCCCUUUAUCAUUUAAUUUAUCACAUUGUGAAACUAAUAAUGGUGCAAUGACAUCUGCAGUGAAUAGUAUAUCUACUCGACCUACAGCUUCUGUUCAAUUACCACAAAAUACACGUUUUCCACAAUCAAUUCAAUGUAAUACUCCAUUGUUAACUAAUCGUUUUCCUACAAAUCAUUCAGAUAUUCAUAAUAUCAAUAAAACACCACCAAUGGCACAUCAUAAUUCUUCAUAUUCUACAUCUCGUGAUAGUUCUACAAAUGUAAAUGUUAAUAUUUCACCUAUGUCAUUAAAUGUGGUACCUACACGUGCUCAACCAAAUAUACCUUUUAGUACACCUAUUUCUCAUGGGACUAAUCGAUCAACAACACGUAAUUCAAAUACUCAGUCAUUGUCAUCAUCAUCGUCUUCUUCCAAUUUACAGGAACAAGUAUUGAAUGCUGCUAAACUGGCUAUGAUGGCUGCUAAUAUGCAGUCUGAUCCGAACAAAGCAUUAACAUUUGCAAGUUUAGCUGCGGCAGCUUUCACAGAAAUGGCAUCAUCAUCACAAGAUAAAAAGUUACCGUCACGUAGUAAUGAUCAUUCAUCAUCAUCUCAUCAUUCGUUGUCUGGAAUUCAAGAGAAUUUAUCACAAAGAAAUAUGAAUAUUUCAACAUCCAACAUGAGAUUACGUUCUCCAGUCGGGAGUAGUAGUGGACAGUACAAUUCAGAUUGUAAUAACAGUAUUCCUACUCCUGGUGUUGUACUCUCCAAUUUUAUGCAUCAAAAUACACAUAAAGAAAGACGUCGUCAGAAUAGUCAUUUAGCUUCAAACAAUAUUGCAUCUCAUUCACCUGGUGUAGUAUCUCAAUCAUCAAAUCGUUUACAGUCUCCUCCUGUACAUUAUUCACAUUCAGAAUCCCGAUCAUUUAAUAACGAUAGUAAUAAUAAUAACAAUAAUAAUCGUACACCAACUCCGGCAGCUAGUCGUAUACAUCAAUCUCUGUCUGGUAAUAAUGACUCUUCAUUUGUCGUUGGUCCCACAGUACCUGGAGGUGUUGGUGGGAUACCUCCGGCACAAUUAGCGCAAUUAGCUCAUCUUGCUCAAAUGUCUGGUCUUCCGCCUGGUUUUUCAUUUCAGGAUCCAGCAGUGUUGAAUGCUUUCGCUUUGGCUGCAGCAGCAACCUCUUUGGUGGCUAGUGGUGCUAAUCAAUCAGAUAUGCUUACAGAUACAAAUAUGUCAGCGAAUCCAGUCGAUCGAUAUCGGUCACCGGUCCCAUCAUACACAUCUCCACAACCACAUCAACAACGUUAUCCUCCUACUAAUUCACAAACGCAACAACAACAACAGAAAUCGGCAGCUGCCGCAGCGGCAAUGGCCAAUGCUUUUGGUUUACAAAGUUUACCAGCUCAAUUUAAUCCACGCCUAUCAUCACAACCACCAUAAUUAAGACAGCAAUGUAACAAUAUAAGUGUUGUUAUUUUAAAGAAAAAAGAGAUUAAAAUAACUAACUAGCUACGAAGUACACACUAUUUGAUGAUCAGGUUAUAAAAAUUUCCAUAUUACAUUUCUACUAUGUAUUACUUGUAUAUACAGCUUGAUUUUCCCUUCGCCUCUUCUACUUCUUCUUCUAUUCAUCUUUUUUGUUUAGUUAUAAAAAUUUCUAAUGAGUGCAUAUAUUUGUAUGUGUGUGCGUAGUGCACUGGAUGAAACCAAUGUACCUACACUUUAUAUUCCCCUGUAUCAAUGGAUUGAAUGAUAAAUCCGACAUAUACACAUACACAUAAACGGCACAAUUUAUAAAUAUAUCUGCUCACAUAUUCAUCAUAAUUUUUAAUAAAUAAUAAAAACCGAUUGGGUUUUUUCUUGGUUUCUAUUGUAUGUUUUGAUAAACGACAACUAUGUUAUCAUUAUUAUGAUUUAUACUGAAAAUUCAACACCAUUCUAUAUUGGUCUUCUUUUUUUCUUUCCUCUUAUUUGAUAUUAUACUGAAUAGUACAACUUAUCCAUUCAUUCAUUGUAUGUAAUCAUUCUUGUUUGUCUUCUGUAUUUGUGUUUUAUUCUUAUCAUUGGAAGAUUACUCUGUGAGAUAUGUUCACCGUCCUUUUCUUGACCCUUUUUUGCGCAUAUACUAUAUACAUUGGUAUUCUCAUACGAUGUGAACUACUUACUUAAUAAUAAUGAUAAUAUAAACAAUAUGUAGUGUUCGUUCAGUCUUAUUAAUGUUAAAUACUGGAUAGUGAAUAGAAAAGGUAAAUCAGUUGCAUUAGUUCAAAGACAAAUGAGAAGUAUGAGAUGUUGACGUACGCUUGUUAUUAGUCAAGAUUUAAAUUUACUAUCUGAGGUAAACAAAUACAUAUUAAUUGGUGAGUUUGUGCAUACAUUUCUAUCCAGGUUAGUCAAUUGCAGCUGCCUACUUUUGAUUUUUGCAUUCAAGUAGCUGCUUUGACAAUAAGCGUAUAUAUGUCAGUUUCAGAAUCGGACGACCAAACAACACGAAAUAUAGUCUAAGAUGAUAGUGUAUUUGCAUACAUUCCUAGUUAUUUUCUAUAAUAAAGAAACAGUCAGAAAUAUCAAAUAGUUCCAAGUUAACAUUUUUCAGGGGUUAAUUUGAUGCCACGAGAAUAAUGUACGUUUAUUUAUUUUGAUUGUCUUGACAUUACAUUUUCCUAACAACGAAAGGUGUUCACUAACUUUAGUUGCAGAAUCACCAUAGAUCGGGUCGAAUACAAUAGACAGAGGUUCUCUACAUUAGACGUUCUCUUCAUUGCUCUAUUCAGUCUAUCACGUAGUACAUCACCAGCUACAUCUACAUUGAAUUGCAGCUUCAAGAAGAGAGAUUUCUUACUAGCCAUUGAUGUUUCUUCAGGAAACCCUGUGAAUAACCCAUUUCAAUCAACAUAUUAUGUAGGAGCUCUAAUUCCUUAUUAAUUGUAUCGACUGAGCAUAUCUUAAUAGCUCUCCCUGCCAGACAUUUGAUUAAGUUUCUCUUAUAAUCGAAAUUUAGUCGGAUCAUUCAAAAUCGAGUUCAUUUUAUCAAUGUAAUUGACUUUGAUCAUUAAAACCACUCCUCCUCCUUUGUCUGGCUUGCUUAUGAUUAAAGUGUUGUCUUUCCUAAGCAUAUCGCUGCUAUUUGUUAAGUGGAGUUUCCACAGUACACUUACUAUUUUUGUAUUGUUGGCAGAUGUCCACCACGUAGUCUUAAACCUAGUGAGUUCAUCGAGUGAAGUAGGCACAAAAUCUGUUGUUUGUGUAAAUAGAUUUUUAAACUGCACAUCUGUAUCUAGUUGAUUUAUUUUAUUUCCAUCAACCUCUCUCCUUGAAGCUGCAAUUCAAUGGAGAUGUAGCUGGUGAUGCAUUACGUGGUAGACUGAAUAGAGCAACGAAGAGAACGUUUAAUGCAGCCAACCUGUCCAUCGUAUUCGAGCCGAUCUAUGGUGAUUUCCCAACUAAAGGAUAGGUUACCUGGUUGUGCCACUUCUCUUUGUAUUUACGAAUUCAGCUGCUUCCGUGGAGAAAGCUAUAUUGGGUGCACUACCAGACAAGUGAAUCAAAGUGUUAGUGGACACCCCUUCGUGGUUAGGAAAAGGUAAUGUCAAGACAAUACGCAGCUCGGUUCUAUCACACUUAAUCGAUAGCGAUCAUGUAGUGGACAGAAACAAGUCAUUUAAAGUUAUUUUGAUUGUGUCUAGUACUGGGACGCACUUAUAUCUGCCAAAUUGAUGUAAAUACUAUCCAUUGUCAUCUCUCUUUCGUUAAGCAGGAAAUAAUUAUUCCAGCUUAUGAUUUCUGGCUACGAAUAUUUUCAAGACUGGUUUGAAUCCCUUAGAGUGGCCGCUUGAAUACUAGUUAUUUGUUUAUCUACAUUGUAUCCACUGGGAUUCAAUACGCCAGUUUCAUUCCACUUUGGACUUCUCAACCAGCGCUUUCGAUCGAAUCAAUAUCUGUCAGGUGUCAAAACGGAUUGGUUCCCAUGUAUUGAAGCAUUUCUGUAUUCCACUUGUAUUUUUUUACUUUAAGUUCGUUGGUAUUCAUGCCAGUUACUGUCUGUUGUUUGAUUUUAAUUACUUGGUCCCUUGCAAUACUGAGUUCUUGUAUAUAGAACACAGCACUCAAUAACUCAUUAUUAUCGACACUUGUUCAUUUUCUUAAAUAUUUAUACUCUAUGCUUUAUUAUUGAUACGGAAGACCAGUGCUAUUUAUUGUUUAAUCGAUAAACGUUUCCAGCCUAGUUUUCUAAGAUAAUGUUUGCAGGAAAUGAAUUCCACUAUGUCGUAUGAUGAGUGGUUAAUUAGCAUUAACAGAUAAAAACUAUUUAUGUGAAGUUUUGACGAAUGGUUUACCAGUGCUUAUACGUUAAUGUGCCCGAAAUGUUUUUAGAAAUGAAUCUCUGUGGACCAAUAAGUGAUUGGUUAUCUGUAGUUCAAUGAAUAACACGUUGGGUGCUGGGUUCGACCCCCGGUAUGGAUACAGGUAACAAAUAGGAUGAAACGCGUGUCCUGAAUUUCACAUUUUCAUCUACUCUGUAAGUUUUUUGAAGAAGUAGUUAUAUUAGGGCAGUCUGCACAACAAGCACACAUACUAACGGUAUUCAAAACUCAGUCCUGAAUGUUGACAAUGGGAUAAUUCAAACCCUUUCUAAUUAUGCCAUAAAUAAGUUGUGAGUUUCUCACUGAUAUUUACAUUUAUCGACCUCGAUAGUCUAAAAUCGUUCAUACAAACAAAUCAUGUGCCUACCAACAGCACAUGGGCAAGAAUUAUUUGACGCGAUAAAAAGUUAAAUUGGAUAACUUGGUUGGUGCAGUUGAACUGAUCAGUCAGCCGGUAAUUUUACGUCUGAUCUCUUCUUAUCACUUCGCAUCCAUGAAAAUUUCCAAAUAUCACAUAAUUCGGAAGUUGUAGAGGUGUCACCACUGUUUUUACACUACCAGGCUAAAACAAUUGAAAUGAUCCAACGAGUGGCCUACUAGUUCUGCCUUUCAAGCUAAAAUUAAACACGUAUUCGUUUUCCAACUUUUUCGAGACUAGGAAUAUGUUUUAGAAGAUACCGAAUAUCUUAAUUGAUCCUCUUAAACGGUAGUACGUCAACUCUACUACACUAUCAAAGUAAUUCAAUCUUUAGGUAAAUAAGAAUUAAAUAUAUGUAUUUAGUGUAGCUGAAUUUGAAUAGAAAUAGACAACUGAACACGUCUUGCCAAGUUUAUUGUAUGUAACAAAGGUAUACUGACCUAUUUUAAAUACUGUCAAUAAAAAGUAAGUUUUCUACGACCGCCAUUUACUUUACACCAGUACUUAAAUUCUAGCACGGGUACACAAGUUUAUUGAGACAAAACUUUUCAAAAUUCUCUAAAUUGAUAAUUAACAGCAAGGCCAAUAUAAAUAUGUGGAAAUUUAUUUUGAAAGUUUAGAACGGAAGUCCAAGUUAAACUGGAUUAUUUUUCACAUAUAGUCAGACUUGAUCAGGCGUAUAAAACUUAGGUCACAAAUUAAGUCCUCUUUCUAUUUACUUACAUGACUAAACAUAUACCUACAAUCUAUCCAAUUUCGAUGAAUUUGGAUACAAACUUUAUGUUCCAAGAUAAUGGAAGAAAGGAAAAUACAAGAAUUCUGUACAAAUAGACUUUAAAUAGAGGACACUACAGUAAAAAUAAGACAGACUCUUCACGUUUAAGAAUUAUGGCGCUGAGUAGUACUUAUUUUACACGAACACAAAUCAAAUUCUAGCACUUCUAGAGCACUGAAGAUUUCUAUAAACAGAGACAUUGAGAUUGUCAAAAAACCAUGACAAAAAGGUACUAACUAAUGUCUCGAGUUGCAUACAAGCGAAUACAAAACCGAUCAAAAUUAGCAGUGAUAGAAAUUUACAGGUUGGUGUUACUACUCACCAUCUAGUACUAGCAAUUAUCAUCAAUAUGUGAACACUCAGAAAAACUGACUUACUUCAAUAAAAUUUUCGAACCUAAUCAUUUUGGUGUAGUUACUUAUCUACAUUAUCUGAAGUGCUCAACCAUCUGAAUAGUAGGUCCUCUGAGAAACAAAUGGUACUAUAGUUCUACCUUACCGUCAAGAUACAACAACUAGAUAGAUUUUGAUACAGUUACGUACUCCUAAGACCAUUUUGAUUAUGUAGUUUACAUUAGGAAUACUCUCGUGAAAUCUUGAUUUAUCCUGAAGUAAAUUUAAACUCUAUAAUGAUUUUAAUAAUUAUGUAAAAC